CGAAGAGUAUUCAUCACCCAAAAAAAAAUCCAAAGAGUAUUCUGAGAAAUUAACUUAGAUGGCAAGCAAAAAAAUCAAUUUUUGUUUCGUAAUUUUCUUCCUAUGUUAUGGAAUGCUAAUUCCAACACUUGGUAACAUAUGUCUGCCAAAAGAACAUGCUGCAUUAUUUGUAUUUGGAGAUUCAUUGUUUGAUGUUGGAAACAAUAAUUAUAUCAAUACAACUAGUGAUUAUCAGGUUAACUACCCACCAUAUGGUGAAACCUUCUUCAAGUAUCCAACUGGUAGGGUUUCUGAUGGACGUGUGGUUCCAGAUUUCAUAGCUGAGUAUGCUAAGUUGCCGUUAACUCAACCAUACCUAUUUCCUGGUUCUCAAGAAUAUAUUAAUGGAAUCAAUUUUGCAUCAGCAGCAGCUGGGGCUUUAGUAGAAACCAAUCAAGGACGGGUGAUAGAUCUAAAGACACAAUUGAAUUAUUUCAAGAAUGUCAAGAAAGUAUUGAGACAGAGACUAGGAGAUGAAGAAACCACAACUCUGUUGGCCAAAGCUGUUUACUUGAUUAACAUAGGAAACAAUGAUUAUUUUGCAGAAAAUUCCAGCUUAUACACUCAUGAAAAAUAUGUAUCCAUGGUAGUUGGUAAUCUCACAGAUGUGAUCAAAGGAAUAUAUGAGAUGGGAGGGAGGAAAUUUGGGAUUCUUAAUCAACUAUCUCUUGGCUGUUUCCCAGCCAUCAAGGCAUUUGUAAAUGGAUCUAAAUCAGGUUCUUGCAUUGAAGAGUUUUCAGCACUUGCUGAAGUGCACAACACAAAACUAUCAGUGGAACUUAAGAAUUUAACAAAAAAGAUCAAAGGAUUUAAAUAUUCAUAUUUUGAUUUCUAUCAUCUAUCUUUUGAAGUCAUAAGGAACCCUUCCAAAUUUGGUUUGAAAGAAGCAGGAGUGGCAUGUUGUGGCAGUGGACCUUAUAGAGGAUAUUUCAGUUGUGGAGGUAAAAGAGAAGUGAAAGAUUAUGACUUGUGUGACAAUCCUUCUGAAUAUUUGUUCUUUGAUGCCAUUCAUGCUACUGAAAGUGCUAAUAGAAUUAUUUCCCAAUUUAUGUGGAGUGGAAAUCAGAGUAUCACUGGCCCUUACAAUAUCAAAACUCUAUUUGAAGAAUAAUUCAAAUAUAUAUACAAACAUAAAUUAAGUUGUUUGUAAGAUAAAAUAAAUGCAUUGUUGUUUUCUUGAUGUGUAAAUAAGAAUAACAAUAUACCGUGAUUAUAACUUAUUUGAUAUGGAUAUUGUUAUAUGUAAUGGUCGGAAUUUAAACCUAAAACUUCCGACAUAUUUAUGUAAGGGGUGAACUUCUAGUCACUCAAAAAAAAAAAAAGAAUGUAAUGCAGUGUGUCAUUUUCUUGUUUGUUGACCAAGCCCUAAUA